AUGAGGCAGCCAAACAUCAAGCGUCAUCCUUUGAAUGCCAGACAGCAAAGUGGAGUGAAGCAACAAUAUGUUUCCAGCGUCAAAAUCCGUGGCAUAGUAGAGGGCGUGCGGGGGGAAGCUUGGAUGAUGGCACCAACUCCCAACGACAUGGGUGAGCGAAAAGGGCCUUUCUUGGCCCUGUCAUUCGCUAGUCUAUGCGAAAGUUUUUACCAAGCGAUUGAGGAUGAACCCAGCAAUCCAAACCUGCAGCUGAGCUUGGGUCGGGGUCUUGAGGCCCGCAUUCUGCAUCACAAAACGCCGCCAUCGGUUUUGAAGUUCCUCAUCAACUACCACAAUUCUUUUCACACAGGCUCAUCAACAUCGUUCAUUGAACUCAUGUGGCUGGUCCCCGAUGUGCCUUUGCUUGAGGAAAACGGCGAGAAUACAUGGGUGUUUGAUUCCUUGGCCAAGAAGUCACUGGUGACGAAGCUCUUCGCUACAAUGACAGGUUCAGUUGUGACUUCGGGCCAGCAGUCGAGCAAGCGUGCCCGCACUGGUGACAAGGAGAAUGAGAAACCAAAAAGGAAGGCGAAGGCGAAAGCGAAGACGAAGCCUGGUGCGGAGAUAGUGUCCCUGCAGCUGCCGGAAGAGUCAGACAUCAAAGCAACUGUUGUUUCAUGCAAAGUCGGUGUCAGAGCAAAGCUGUGGGUGGAUGAUUUGCUGAAUUGUUGCUCUCACAUCAUUGAUCAUGUAUCAACAUUGUGUGCGGCAGCAGCGAAAUCGAACUUGCAGGAGCUCAAGAGCAAAAUGAUCCGGCAGGGGCUUAUGUUUUGCUUCAAUGGCAGCAUCAGACUCACUACUGCUCGUGGCUCAAAGACCUACCGCAAGUGGAGUGUGCUUCGCCCUGUCCUCAAGGAAUGGGCGAUGUGGCAGCUGUCGCAGGUCUGA